CUUGAUUUUGACCAAUCAGAUUAGAGGAGCAACUGAAUUACCCCAAUUGGCGCCAAACAAUACAAUUAUAACAGACCUUCAUAGAAAGCGUUGUCGAAUAUUCCUAAAUUACCCAAACGUUACGCUUUUAUUUAGUGUCAUGUGUCGUGUUGUUUAAUGCGAACAAAUAUGGAUUUACACCAGGAUGAGACCAUCGCGACCGAUGACGACAGUGGUGAAGCAGACCAGAGCUUUUACCUCAGCAGGUUAAUGUUGACAGAACAUCAGUUAUCGUCCCCCAUCGUCGUCUUUCCUGGUGUCCUGAGUGAAGAUAACGUUAUUUCUCCUCAAAUUGACCUGCAGUGUUGCACCAAACAGAGCCGAAAUACAUCUACAACAACAGAACAGAUUAAUGGCACCGUGAUUCCACCAGCAAAUCUUGUAAGAGUUCAAGCUGUUCUUAAUGAAGGAGAAAGUUCUUCAGAAAGGGAACACAGUGAAGUGGUGAGUCCCGUUCCCAUACAUGGCAGCAACUCGGAUGCUUCUCUGCUGCAGCCUGAGCCUUCUUUGAGACGCUCUUUGAGAAUAAGUGCCAAGAAUAACGGAAAGAAAACUGAUUCUUUGGCCACAGUGAAGAGUUCUGAACUACUUAAUACUCAACACAGGCCACUGAAGGAGAAUCCAGACACAAGUGAAAAACAGACAUUACUCAAUAAACCCUUCGUCAGUCCAGGUUUUCAUGGCAAAGGCAUUAUAAAACAAAAGACAGGGAGAUCCUUAUCACUCAAAACCAUUCAGAAGCGGAAUCGAUUUGGAGAGACAAAGCUGCAUUUGGCUGUAAUGAGGGGAGAUAUUCAAGACGUCAGUGCCUUUCUCACAGUUGGUGUUUCUGUUAAUGUAACGGAUUAUGCAGGUUGGACUCCACUCCAUGAGGCAGUGUGCAGAAACAACUAUGACAUGACAGAAAUUUUACUUGAAGCUGGAGCCCUAGUCAACUGCAGGGGAGAUAAUGGAAUUACACCUUUACAUGAUGCCAUACACUGUCAGUAUUACAAGAUAGUAGAUCUACUUCUGAAGAACGGUGCUGAUCCAUUAUCAAAGUGUGACAGAGGAAAGACUCCUAUGGACAUGACCACCGACACAUCUUUGGACAUACUGAUGGAGAAAUACCUGCAAAAGCCUAAAAUAGAUCCUUUUACAGCUGAAAGUCCACCCAGAACCACUAAUUCUGCAUUUAAUCCAAAUUUGAGCAAAAGAAACAACCAGAACUCCGUCAGAGAGGACACAGGAGCUCCUCUUCAGAAAUCAACUGUUGAAGGAACUGCUGAUACAAGUGAGCAUGAAAGCAGCCUGCAGUCUUGUGAAGAUGAACCCAUUCCUGGUCCAAGCAGAGGACAACCAAACUAUGAUCCAUCCAUGAAGUUUCUGGAGGCCCCUUUCAAAGGGGAGGCUGGUGAAACUCUGAUGAAUGAUGCCAAUUCAGUAGCUGAGGAGACAAGCUCACAUACUUUCCGUGACCACAUCUAUUCAAUUACUGAUAAGGGAAAUCCAAGUCAGAGCACAAUUGGAGAUUCAAAUAAUGUUCGCACUGCUAAAGCCAUGUCAGCAGGAAAGAGGGUAUUGGAAGACAGCUAUGGGGCUGAUAUUAGAAAUGAUAACGACUCUGCCAUGGCUAAGAAACGGGUCAAAAGAACAAAAUACAACAAUAAAAUACAAAAUGAUUUUUUGGAGUACUUGCUCAACUUUGAUAUGAAACAUCUUUCUGAAAUUAUAAAAGAUGUUGAUUGCCCCUCACUUCAACGGAAUGACGAUGCAGGCAAAGAUGAACAGUCAGCUCUUGAUGUUUACCAAAAGGCUCCAUCUGAAACUGUGUUUAUUUCUGACACUGACAACAGCAGCAGUCAAGAAUGUAGCAUUUCUUUACUGUCCCCUGAUUUAAAUGAACUAAUUGAUUCAUGUUUACAAGGUGAAUUCAAGGAGGAUGUUAUUGUACAUCUAUCUGGAGCAAUGGUGGAAUCACCAUUACAGGGUGAGGAACAGCUUGACUCGAGCAGCUCUGGUUCACUGUCUCUGCCUAUGGCCAAAAUCCAUAAUGAAGGAUUAACCUGCAGUCCAGAGUUUUCAAAGAACACUGAACCAUUAGAGGAAUUAGACACAGCCAACAAACAACUGGCAGACACUGAAACAUCAAAAGAACCAUUUGUGCAAUCAACCAACCCUGCCAUUGAGUCCCUCCAUGUGGAUAGUAUACCUGACUGGUCUAAAAACAAUAUAAACACACCACAUAAUGACUUGACCCAAAUAAGCCUUCAAGAACUGCAUUCUCCUAAUACACUGUUCCUAAAAAAGCCUCUAAAUCAGGAUGAAGUAACAGACAUGGUCACUGUUCAAAACCAGCAGGGGGUGGUAGAAACAACGGAAACAGCACUUGGCGCUAGUCAGACUCAAAUGAGACAGAGCUACACUGAAACUCAUGGCAUGGAAUGUGAAAAGCUGGAAGGUGGCACAUUAAUUUUAAAUGUGACAGAUCUCAUUGAUGGACCUGAAGCAGAACCAUAUUCUUCCUGCAGGGUGGCAGUUAAUGAGCUAGUGAUUGACGUUCCUGAAGUUCAUGCCAAUACAUGUGCUGUUUUUUCCUGUGCCAGAAUAGAUGCUGAACAUUCUGAAAAUUCUCACAGGGCUGAUUGUAUUGUCGAGGGUGAUAUGCUUAAAAAUUCAGCUGAUUCAGACUGCACUGUUGUAGAAUGGUCCAACUUCACUGACCUACAGGAUGUGGCCAUCACAUCAAUUCAGCCUAAACUCUCUAGUUGUGAAAAGAGGCAUAGUGAAAAGGAAGCAGAGAGCACGGAUGUCACACCAGACACAGUGGCCUCAGUGAGUGUUUUAAGGCCGUUUCUUCCUGAAAAUGUGUGCACUCAUCCAUCACUGGAUAACACUGAAGAAAAAGCACAUUUAAAACAUUCACACAUAGCUCUGGAAAUGGACGGGCUUUUCAACUCAGGUAAACUGACAAGUCAGAAAAAGAAGUUGAAUCGGCAGAAAAGGAGAAUUAAAAAAAAUGUGUUGAAAGGAAAAAUUGACCCAGAUGCAUUGAAUACAGUAUCAAAGAAGGUUGUGCAGAUUUCCUUGAAAUCUCUCCACAAGAGAAAUGGUUUAGGAGAGACUCAACUUCACCGGGCAUGCAUAGGAGGAGACCUGCAACUGGUCAAACGCUUGAUAGAAGCUGGGAUAGAUGUUAAUGUAUCAGAUAAUGCAGGAUGGACUGCCCUUCAUGAGGCCUGUUCUAGAGGUUUUGUAGAUGUGGUGGAGCAGCUCUUGGAAGCAGGUGCCGAUGUCACCAGCAGAGGGCUAAAUGGAUGUAAUCCACUGCAUGAUGCUGUUGAAUCAGGCACAUAUGAGAUUGUGAGACUUCUCCUUCAGUUUGGCUCAAGCCCUCAUGACAAGAAUAUGCUGGGACAGAGCGCAGUAGACCUAGCAGCACAUGAAAGCAUCAAAGAGCUGCUUUUGACAUUUAAAGGACCUUUUCGCAAACCUGCCCGGACAACUGACACUUCCAAACAGGGAUCUCAGCUUUUGGCUGCAGAACACAUGCAGCCAGGUGAAGAUCAGUGUUUACAGUCAGCAGGAACAAGGAUCGAUUUUAGUGACAAUAGGAAGUUGACCUGCCUUAUAAGAGAUGGAAUCAUUCAACAUGGGGAUGAUAAUUUAGAAAUGACACUUAAGGGUUGUAGCCACAAAGGCUCUCUUUUGGAAAAUGGAUCUAUCAGAGAUGCCAGUGGGAGAGUCUUUCUUCCAGAACAAGGGGUUGAAUCAGUCCUGGAGACUCAAUCCAUAGUUCCCGUCACCUCAGAUUUUGCCUGGAAAAAGGAUGUGUAUCAAUCAAAGUCACUGUGGUAUUAUGUUCCAAGUUAUUUAAAUACAGAAAAAAAAGCCAAGAGAUCAGUAGAGCCUCAGUGUUGCAACGCCAGUACAUCAGAACCUGCUGUAAAAGAACCAUCCAAAAAUGACGUUUUCAUAAACGUCAGGUCGAUUCAUUUGGUCAGCGAUGAGGAGUUUUUUCCAAGCCAUCUGAUGAACAGAUAUUGGAACUUGUUCGCACGGAGUGAAGAGUGGAACUUUGAAACUUAGUUGCUUGUAGGCUAUAGCGCAAGUAGCUGUUAGAGCAUCAAGAGAAGACUGUUCUAGUGUUAUAAAAUGUGUGUUAUAACUUUAAUAAAGUGUAAAAGUGUUGCUUUUUCAUUGUUAGUUUGAAAAUAUGAAUAUGUGUCUUUGUACACCGAUCAGUUUCAAUGACAAGUUUAUGGUCUUGAUAUUAAAGUAAGAAUAAACACACCCUUUCCUUUUUAU